CACAAACGAAGCCGAAGAAAACGUUAGCGUCAUUUCCUGGUUGCUGUGCGACAAGCAACUGUAAAACUCGAAGCUCUGAACGCGGUCCUCUGUCAUAUAAAUCUGCGAGUGGUCUCUGCGUGAGGCGAGCGGCUUUUCCCGGUGAGUGAGAGAUUGAGCGUGAGGUCCGGAGCGCGCACAAUGAAUAAAAAGGGCUCUGAGAAAACACGCCAUGUGGUAGCCUGGCUUAACAAAGCGGAGUGGGAUCAGGUUCGGGACUACCUUUACUCGAUGGACUCCUCUCUGCAGAGGUUUGCGUUAGAGAGGAUAUCGGCUUGGAGGGCCAGGUGCGCUGAUAGUUUUCCCGUGGCCGUGGACUGCACAGCAGACCUCGUGCGCUGCCAGGUGCGGGACCGGUCCGGACAGCUUACCGGAGAUGACUUGACCCUGAUGUACGGGACGGCCCUGGUAAGAUUUGUUAAUCUUAUCACGGAUCGCCAGCAGGGGAGAAAGGCCCAGCCGCUGAGGCAACUGGCUGGAAACUUGAACAUCCCCGAGUGGGUGGUGGAUCUGAGGCACGAAAUCAUGCGUGGGACUCUUCCUUCUUUGAAAUGGUGCCGAAAGGGAUGUAAGGUGGCCCUGGAGUGGCUCCAGCAGGAGUUUUGGUCCAGACAGCUGGGAGGAGGCCCCGAUGAGCAGCUCGUUGCCAGGCAGAAAGAAGUGGAUGCCUGCAGAAACGCUCGGGAGCUGCUGAUCUCUUUUCAGAAGGACCAGUACCAAGCUUUUGAUGAUGGGUCUCCUGAAGACAAGGGGAAGAGCUUGUGGCAGGCCCCCUUAGCAGACAUGAGUUCGUUGCUGGGUGAGAUCAAGCAGUUUGCACUGGGGUCCAGGGAGCUGUUGAUUGAUGUGCUGCUGGAAGACGGUUUUCUUGUUCCUACCAUGGAGCAGCUGGAAGCAUUAGGCUGUGCAACAUCUGACAGUGCCAGUCCCACUGAGCCCAGAGUCCCACAAACCUUCCUGCGCUUUUGGCUGCCCCUGCUAAAGAUGCUUAACUCUUCGUCUUUCAUUCACCUCUUCCUGGAGAAGCUCUUUGUGGAACUGAAGCUGCUCAGCAAAGAGCCCAACGGUCACAGGUGUUUCUAUAUUUCUGCAUGGAUUUCAGAAGUCUUCCUCUGCAACAACAACAAAUUUGAAUAUCAUUUUGAGACAAGGUUGCAGAAGAAAGCCAGAAUGAAGGACAGGAUUUUCAUCGACCGCAUCAAGCUGAGGUGGCAGCAGCUUCUCUCUGCAUGUCUGGAUGCCCCCUGCAUCAGCACACCUCACCUGAUCCAGCUAGUCCUGGAUGACAUGGAGCAUCCCCCUCAGGAAACCAGAGAGAAGCUGUUCCAGCUCUGCUCCAUCUACACACAGACAGAGCGCUCAGAGGCCAGCACACCUCUGCAGCAGCAGCAGCCCAUAUAUACUGUGAGUAUGCUGCUGGACCAGAUGCAACACUCCUCACCGAUGGACUCGGAGAGAAGUGAGGAGCGCAAAUGGGCAGACGUGCAGGCUGAAAGAGCACUUGCCCUCAGAGGUUCUCCGUGGCAGGUGUGCACUGAUAAUGUCACAUGGGAGAACUAUGCCCUUGGUAAAGUUCCUGGACAGUCGGACGACCCGUCGUGCCUCAUGGUGGACAAUUAUUCGAUAAUGACUGUGUUUGACCAGCCAGUGGAGCUGGAGAGCAGCGCGACACGUAGCAGCAUCCCCGGGGCCUCGGCUCCAGCCCGGCCAGCUGAGGGCCUCCUCUGGAGCAACAGCGAGCUCAACUAACUGAAAUGUGGACUGAAGCUUUUUUAAGUUACUUGUGUUGUUUUUGUUACUUGUGUUAUUUUUUGUUUUAUGUUAAGCACAAGAUUGUUGUUGUUGUUGUCAUUCCAGCCUCCGCUGACUCUUGUUGUGCUAGAAGCAGUUUUGAA